AUGGUCCAGGUGGAAAUGUUGAGCUUGGGGAGAGAGAGCUGGAUUGGAGCAAUUCUCUCAGCUUUGGCUACCCUCCUGCUAGUCUGUUCUGCACAAAGUCUUCCUACUGGGAAUAUCUCAGUUGUGAAGAAAACAGUGGACAAGUUGUUGAAAGGAUAUGACAUCCGCCUGCGGCCAGACUUUGGAGGUCCUCCAGUCACUGUGGGGAUGAGUAUACAUAUAUCCAGCAUUGACCAAAUAUCUGAGGUCAAUAUGGACUAUACCAUCACCAUGUAUUUUCAGCAGAGCUGGCGUGAUAAGCGCUUGGCUUAUACUGCCCUCCCCCUCAACCUAACUUUGGAUAACCGAGUGGCUGACCAGCUCUGGCUUCCAGAUACUUACUUCUUGAAUGAUAAAAAAUCCUUUCUGCAUGGUGUGACAGUCAAGAACCGAAUGAUUCGAUUGCACCCAGAUGGCACUGUUCUCUAUGGAUUAAGAAUUACAACCACUGCUGCCUGCAUGAUGGACCUGCGCAGAUACCCUCUGGACCAGCAGAAUUGUACUUUAGAGAUAGAGAGCUAUGGAUACACAACAGAUGACAUUGAAUUCUUCUGGCAGGGAGGGGAAGAGGCAGCCGUGACUGGGGUACCUGCUCUGGAACUGCCCCAGUUCAGUAUCAUUGAAACCAGACUGGUUACUAAGAAAGUUGUAUUUACGACAGGUUCUUAUCCUCGUCUAUCUCUGAGUUUCCGAAUUAAGAGAAACAUUGGAUAUUUUAUACUUCAGACCUACAUGCCAUCUAUUUUGAUCACUAUUCUGUCAUGGGUUUCAUUCUGGAUAAACUAUGAUGCUUCUGCUGCAAGAGUGGCACUCGGAGUGACUACUGUGCUCACUAUGACAACAAUUAACACACAUCUAAGGGAGACCUUGCCUAAAAUUCCAUAUGUUAAGGCUAUUGAUGUAUAUCUUAUGGGAUGCUUCGUGUUUGUGUUUCUGGCUCUAUUGGAAUAUGCAUUCGUUAAUUAUGUAUUCUUUGGCCGGGGCCCUCAGCAGCAGAAAAAGCUAAAUGAGAGAACAAGCAAAUCAAAUAAUGAACGUCAUCGCUAUGAGGAAAGAAGAGUAAGAGAACAGGUUGAUCCUUAUGGAAACAUUCUUCUCAGCACUCUUGACAUGAGCAGUGAGUUGAUGUCAGCUGAGAUGGGAAGUAGCAUUGGUUAUUCCCGGAACUCCGUCCUGUCAUAUGACACCUCAGGGAUCCAGUUCCGCAAACAGCUGACAUCAAGAGGGGACAAUUUUGGCCACACUCCCUUGGAGCGUCAUGUUCCCCUAACAGCCACACGUGGACGUGCCAACUGCCGCCUUCGGCGACGUUCUUCUAAGUUAAAGCUUAAGAUUCCAGACCUUACAGAUGUCAGUACCAUUGACAAAUGGUCCAGAAUCAUUUUCCCCAUCACUUUUGGAUUUUUUAACUUGGUUUACUGGAUGUACUAUGUCAACUGA